AAGAAGAAGCAGCAGGGCAGCGUCUGCGAAAAAGUUUAAAAAUAAACAAAUUCCGUUUUAAAUCAAACUGAUAUUCAACUUUCCGGGCGCGCAGUCCAAUCGUAGCAGUCCACACACAUACACACUAGAGAAUCAGUUUCUAAAGCGAAAUUUGUGCUCUCGCACGGAACUUGGCCCAUUUCUUCGCGACUCAAUCUCAUAAUUGGGAAUCAUAUCAGUUUGUUCUGUUCACUUCGUCGUGGCGCACGGGAUCCAGACGCCCAGCAGCGCACAGCUCUCGCAAUGAUUGUCACACACUUUGUAGGCGGAUCCCUUCCAGAUCCGAGGCACAGUUCGUUUCAGCAAUAUGCGCUACAUAAAGCCGGAGCCGUACUAUGAAGGGCUUCCUCCAUUUAAUGUCAGCGGCAGCCCUUUCAAUGUGGUACCCAUUCACAACUACCCGGAGCUUAUGAAGGACACCUGCGCCCUGAUCAACGCCGAGUGGCCGCGAUCAGAAACGGCACGCAUGCGCUCCCUGGAGGCCUCCUGUGACAGCCUGCCCUGCAGCCUGGUGCUGACCACAGAGGGAAUGUGCCGCGUGAUCGCUCACCUCAAGCUCAGCCCGAUCAACUCCAAGAAGAAGGCUUGCUUCGUGGAGUCCGUGGUGGUGGACAAGCGGCAUCGCGGUCAGGGAUUUGGCAAGCUGAUCAUGAAGUUUGCCGAGGACUAUUGCCGCGUGGUGCUAGACCUCAAGACCAUCUAUCUGUCUACCAUCGACCAGGAUGGGUUCUACGAGCGCAUCGGUUACGAGUACUGCGCACCCAUCACAAUGUACGGGCCGCGUCACUGCGAGCUGCCCAGUUUGCAAAAUGCCAAAAAGAAAUACAUGAAGAAGGUCUUAUAGACUUCAACGCCAGCAGUAGUGGGCUUGGCUAAAUUGGGCCAGCCCGAUCAGACAGUGGCAGUGAACUAGUCAAAUUGGCAAACGCUUGAAAUUCUUUACGGGUUUUACCUGCCAGCAGCUGCUCCGAGCCAUAACCUGUGGAUGCCAGGCAGUCUGCCAAGUGUAUGUGUGAUUGCCUCCUUAGCUCUGGCAAAUUGCGAAGCGGCUAAAGCUUUUGAUUCCAUUACACCGAUAAGCCAACCCAUUCACCAUUCACCAAGCGCUUGUGUUGAUUUUUAAAUAUUACUUUCCGCAUGUAUUUUUUAAACUUUUUGGUUCUUUUUGUAUGACAAAAGUGGCCGGGCUGUUCGGUACAUCUAUAAGGCUAAUGUUAACCUAAUCCAUACUGUUUAGCAAUUAUAAUUUAUUAUAGUUUUGCUCAAGUGUGUGCAUAAUUGCUCCUAGACGGAAAAUCUACCUGCCUGCAAUGAUGAUUAUGCAUAUGAUUAUGAUAAUAAGAAGCUCAAGUAUCUUCCAACGAAACAUAGCAAAUAGACAUAUCGAGCCUUAGCAUUAAGCACUCAACCAAGGGCAAUAACUUCCAAUAAAACGUGUAGCAAUUUAA